AUGUCGCGGUACUCUCAGCGCGGUGGCGGAUAUGCUGCUAUCAUGGGUUCUGCAGGCAUCAGGGUGUCCACUGGCACAUGCGAACUCCAGGCGUGUGAAAGUACCGAAUACUCAGACGUGUUCAUGAUGCAGACCUCGAUGGAAGUGUCGGACGACGUGCAAAACCGUACUGGUGGUAAUCGUCGUCAUCGCCGUUCGGGCAAGCGCACUCCUCCAGCCAUGCCCCCGGUGGGCAUGCCCGCGGCAAUGAUGCCUCCAUCGGACGGCAUGCCCGCGGCAAUGAUGCCUCCAUCGGACGGCAUGCCCGCGGCAAUGAUGCCUCCAUCGGACGGCAUGCCCGCGGCAAUGAUGCCUCCAUCGAACGGCAUGCCCGCGGCAAUGAUGCCCCCGUCGGGCAUGGACGGUGCAGCCCUGCCGCCGUCGACAGGCAUGCCCGACGCCGAGGUGGCUCCGCCUGGAGGCGGCACCGUGGCCGCGGCGGCUCCGGGCGUCCUGUCCGCCAUUGGCGACCCGCACUUGGUCAACGUGCACGGGGAGCACUUCGACGUGCUCAAGCCUGGCGUCCACGUCCUCCUCCUCGUGCCCUUCCGAGCGAACCGGUCGGAUGCGCUCCUCGCCGUGGAGGCCGACGCCCAGCGCAUCGGCGACGCCUGCGCGGACACGUAUUUCAUGAGCGUCAACAUGACGGGCACGUGGGUGGAGUCCAAGGUCGCUUCGCUCGGGCUGAAGGGAGGCCACGGACUUUUCUUCAGCGCCGGCACCAAGGCAGCCAACACUGGCACGCCGUGGAUGUCCUUCGGAAAGGUGUGGCUGAAGGUGAGGCACGGCCGCACCAGCACAGGCACAGCUUAUCUGAACUUCUUCGCCCGCAACCUGAGGCACACGGGCCAUCUCGUGGGAGGGCUCCUCGGGGAGGACGACCACACCGAGGUGGCAGCCGCGAGCGGCGCCUGCAAGAAGACCCUCGCGCUCUGA